CCCAAACUUGCCUUGCCCAGUGUGCCAGUUCAAACUCCCCCAAACCCGCCCACUUCACUACGAGUUUAACUGUGGGGACCAAUACCAAUCGAUCACCUGAGCUCACCACACCUUUUCUGUAUGGCAAUCCUUGGCUCACACUUCGCUCUGUCGGGCGGGUUUCCCAAUAUGUCCAUAAUUCGGGACAACGCUUUUACACGUGGGGCAAUGGCAUGACGAAGCUUCUUUUCCGUAACAUCUUCCGCUCCUCAUAAAAGAAGCAGGAAAUAGCCAGCCACCAUUCUCUAAGAAAACAUUGCUCGGCCAGAACAUCAAUCAUGUCUUCUGUUUCUGGAACACAGCCGGCUGGCACCCCGGACUGGAACAAUCUUAAGGUUUUGCACAAAAACACGCUUCCACCGCGUACAUACUUCCAUCUGUACAAUGCCGAGGAAGAUGCUCUGAGCUACGACUCCAACAAAUCCAGAACGCACUCUCUGUCUGGCACGUGGAAAUUCCAACAUUCAUACUCGCCCUUCGAGGCCCCAGAAGGAUUCGAGUCUCCCUCUUUCGACAGUUCGUCAUGGAGCGACAUUGCCGUUCCUGGCAUGUGGCAAUUGCAGGGCUUUGGCAAAGGACCUGCAUACACCAAUGUCGUCUAUCCAAUUCCUGUCGAUCCACCCAAUGUCCCAUUUACUGACAAUGAGACUGGAUCCUACAUUAAGAGUUUCACUGUACCCAAAGAACUGAAGGACCACCAGAUCCGUCUGCGGUUCGAGGGUGUCGACUCUUCAUUCCAUGUUUGGGUCAAUGGAAAAGAGGUGGGUUACUCUCAGGGAAGCAGAAACCCUGACGAGUUUGACAUCACCUCUUUCGUGGACUUCGAUAAGGAGAAUACUCUCGCCGUUCGUGUCUAUCAGUGGUGUGAUGGAACUUGGAUCGAAGAUCAGGAUCAAUGGUGGGCCAAUGGAAUCUUCCGAGAUGUAUUCCUUGUUGGCUUCCCCCAGGAGGCACGCAUCGAAGAUCUCUUUGUGCAGACUCUCCUUGAUUCGGACUAUGUCAAUGCCGACCUGAAGGUUCGAGUCACGACCCAAGGAGCUGGAAAACUGCAAUUCAAAUUGCUUGAUGCACAGAAGAAGGAGGUUGCGUCAACAAGCAAAGAAGCCUCGAAUGAAUCGUCCACAGAGGUCACGAUUCAGGUCAAGGACCCUCGCAAAUGGACUGCUGAAUCACCUUACCUCUAUCACUUGGUCGUAUCAUUGGGCCCGAACCAGCACAUUGCUCAUCGUGUUGGCUUCCGACAAGUCGAAAUGAAAGAUGGCUUGAUCAAGGUCAAUGGAAAGCGCCUUGUAUUCCGAGGAGUCAACCGUCAUGAGCACCACCCCCAGUUCGGUCGCACAAUUCCCCUUGACUUCCUCAAGGCGGACCUUGUGACGAUGAAACGCCACAAUAUUAACGCCAUCCGAACAUCCCAUCAGUUGAACGAUCCGCGUUUGUUGGAGCUCACUGAUGAGAUGGGUUUCUGGGUCAUUGACGAGGCCGAUCUCGAAUGCCAUGGCUUCGAAUCAAUUGCUGAUGCCUCUUUGAAUGCCGAAGAGCGCGCCAUGCCUUUCCGUCAGCGUCAGUUGCUCACAAGAGAGAAAGCUGCCCAGUGGACGACCGACAACCCAGACUGGGAAGAGGCGUAUGUUGACCGGGCAAAGCAUCUUGUUAGGCGAGAUCAGCUUCAUCCCUCAGUUAUCAUCUGGAGUCUUGGUAACGAGGCGUUCUUCGGUCGCAACUUCAAAGCCAUGUACAAGUGGAUCAAAGAGUACGACAAUAGUAGACCCAUCCACUACGAGGCGGACAUAUUUGCCGAAACAAUGGACAUGUACUCUCGGAUGUAUCCUCCGAUUGACGAGAUUGUUACAUUUGCCAAAGACGAAACCAAAAAGAAGCCGCUGGUGCUCUGCGAGUUUAUCCAUGCCAUGGGCAACGGCCCCGGCAACAUCAAGGAGUACAUUGACGCGUUCUACAAAUACCCCACACUUCAAGGUGGAUUUGCUUGGGAAUGGGCUAACCAUGGUCUACUGACCAAAGACAAAGUGACCGGUGAAGAAUACUACGGUUACGGUGGAGAUUUCGGCGAGCUUAUUCAUGACUCUACAUUCGUCAUGGAUGGCUUGGUGAACUCUGACCAUACCCCCAAUGCUGGACUGAUAGAAUACAAAAAGGCUAUCGAGCCAGUGCAGCUACUUGAGGUAAAUGGUAGCAAGGCUAAGUUCAUUAACCGAUACGAUUUCAUCACCCUUGACCAUCUCAGCUGCCGCUUGUCAACCACUUCUGAUGGACAAAAGUCAAGCGAGCCCCGCUCCAUCGAAGUCCCAUCAGGUGUUGCUGCAGGCCAGACAUUUCAGCUUGACCUUCCCACCGACUCUGCCGGCCAGGGUCAAACAUUCGCAAACUUCUCAUUCCAACUUCAGGAGGCCACGCCAACCUUGGAAGCAGGUUUCGAAGUUGCCACAGCCCAGGUGGAGAUUGUGUCCUCUUCUGGAGUUAAGAAGAUCAGCAACGCCAGUUCUGCAAAGAUUAAUGUUGAGCAAUCACGCAAUACACUCUCAAUCAAGGGUUCAGCUUCGACAUGGACAUUCAAUACCCUCCAUGGAACAUUGACUUCAUGGAAGAAGAACUCCACGGAGAUCAUCUCCAAAGCACCAGUCAUCGACUUUUACCGCGCCCCAACCGACAACGACAUUCCUCAAGAUGGUUGGGACUGGAAAGACAAGCGACUGGACGCUGCCGAGCCUUCAACUAGGAAGGUGGAGUGGUCGCAGCCCAGCGAUAGUGAGAUUGUCGUUGUAGUCACACAGCGAGUAGCACCUCCGGUUCUGUCCUGGUCGAUCGACUGCACACUCACCUACCGCUUCCAUGCCGAUGGCUCCUUGGCUGUACAUGUCUCGGGCGCUCCAAAGGGAUUGAACCUCCCUCGCACGCUCCCCCGUGCUGGCCUGAUCUUGGAACUCCCCCAGCAAUGGCAAUCCGUUGAGUGGUUUGGCCGCGGCCCUGGCGAGUCAUACCGUGACAGCAAAUUGUCACAGCCCAUCGGAUCUUAUAGUGUCUCAUCGGUCGAUGACCUCCGGGUCGACUACGAAGUCCCCCAAGAAAGCUCAAACCGCACCGACACUCAGUGGCUCAAGUUGCAAAACGGCGAUAGUUCGCUCUUCGUCCAAUUCACUGAUGCUAAGGGCGAGCAGACGAAGCCUUUCGACUUCCAAGCAACCCAUUACCGCACGAAGGACGUGGCUGAUGCCAAGCAUCCCUACGAACUGAAGAAGCUGAAGAGGGAGGAGGUUGUCCUUAGAUUGGAUUUCGAACACCACGGCUUGGGCAGUGGAAGCUGUGGUCCCAGGACUCUGGAUGAGUACAGUCUCUUGACGAAGGACUUUGAAUUUAACAUCCUGCUCCAGUAAGCGGUUUUGAUGAUUUUGAGAUAUAUGAUCAGAUAUCUAGAUUAGACCAACACGAAUCUUGAUGAAUAUGAACUUUACGUUGG